AUCAGAAUUAUUGGGCAUUAAAUAGUUAAGCGCCAGCGCGCGCUCCCGGACUCAGCGGGAGCGCGCCGAGGUGCACCGCGAACGCGAAGCAGCAACGGAUCAGACGGCAGGUCGGUCGAUGAGCUGGGAUACAAAGUACCGGCUGUAGAGGAAAUAAUUAAAUACAAAAAAUCGGAAGACGUGAGCGGUUGGUUUUCGCUGGCGGUUGGUUUUCCGGUGGACUAACGUUUCGGGAAGUUUUUUUUUUUUUAUUUAGAUUUUUAUCCAGCGGGACGGACGCUGACUGAGGCUCCGUAACGCUGUCCACAAUGUCGGGGAGCAGGGAGGAGGAGAGGAGGAAACUGGCCGACAUCAUCAACCACUGGAACGCCAACCGGCUCGACCUGUUCGAGAUCAGCCAGCCCACAGAGGACCUGGAGUUCCAUGGCGUGAUGCGGUUCUACUUCCAGGACCGGGUGGCCGGGAACUUCGCCACAAAGUGCAUCCGGGUCUCCAGCACGGCGACGACGCAGGACGUCAUCGAGACGUUGGCGGAGAAAUUUAGGCCGGACAUGAGGAUGCUGUCAUCGCCCAAGUACUCGCUGUACGAGGUCCACGUCAGCGGCGAAGAGCGCCAGCUGGACCUGGACGAGAAGCCGCUGGUGGUUCAGCUCAACUGGAACAAAGACGACAGGGAGGGACGCUUCGUCCUGAAGAACGAGAAUGACAUCCUGCCUAAAAAGAGUCAAAGUAACGGACCGGAGAAGGAAAAAGAUGGAGUGAUGCAGAACUUCAAAAGAACUUUGUCUAAGAAGGAGAAGAAAGAAAAGAAGAAGAGGGAGAAGGAGUUUGCUCGGAUCCCAGACGGAGAUGAACAGAUUCUGAGCCGCGAGGACGGGGAGAACAACCGUCUGGCGGCGGAGGUUUAUAAGGACAUGCCAGAAACCAGCUUCACCAGGACGAUCUCCAACCCGGAGGUGGUGAUGAAGAGGAGGCGGCAGCAGAAACUGGAGAAACGGAUGCAGGAGUUCAUGAGCAGCGAUGGAAGGCCAGAGUCGGGGGGAACUUUGAAGAUUUACGCUGACAGCCUGAAGCCCAACAUCCCUUACAAGACCAUCCUGAUGUCCACCAGAGACACGGCCGACUUCGCCGUGGUGGAGGCGCUGGAGAAGUACGGGCUGGAGAAGGAGAACCCCAGGGAGUACUGCAUAGCCCGGCAGGAAGAAAAGACGGGUAAAGAGGUGAUCCUGGAUGAUCUGGACUGUCCUCUGCAGAUCCUCAGGGAUUGGCCUGCAGACAGAGGAGCGAUGGUGUUCCAGCUGAAGAAGAGACCUCCGGAUUACCUGCCCAGGAAGGGGAGGAAGGACGACAAGGGGCUAAGAGGGAAAGAUGGCUCCAUGCCGCCGGAGAAACUGCCUUAUCUGGUGGAGCUGAGUCCAGGCCGAGGGAAUCACUAUGCCUACUACGCCUAUCGGCACCAAGAAGACGGCUCCGACUCCAGAGACAAACCAAAGCUGUACCGGCUUCAGCACAGCAUCACCGAGGUCGGCUCGGACUGCACCGAGGACGGAGCCAUCCAGCUGCUCGGCCCGGGCAUCCUGCCCCACCACUGCAACCUGAUGCACAGCGAAGGCAUGGUGACGGUGACGCCACACGGCCACGACGCCGACACCUUCGUGGACGGCCAGCGCAUCACAGAAACCACGGUGCUGCGAUCCGGAUCCACGCUGCAGUUUGGCUCUGCGCACGUCUUCAAGUUCGUGGAUCCCAUGUUCGACCAGGGAGGGAAGAGGGACCCUAAUGCCGCCAUGAGGAGCCGACACAAAUCCGGGAGCGUACCAGAGGCCAACUUUGACCUCCGCGGAGACGUCCUCAGUGGAGCGCCCCUGCCCACCAGCAAGAGCUCAGGGAAACUGGAGAUGGAGAGAGGCAUGGUGAAACCCAUGAUCCGAGGAGAGCAGCAGGACAGCAGAUCCCAGGAUCUUUCUGCAGACAGGACGGAGCUGACUCUUCCAGCCAGCAUCGACUUCAGAGAAAACUCGGAGGACACCUUCCUGUCGGCCAUCAUCAACUACACCAACAGCUCCACGGUCCACUUCAAGCUGUCGCCCACCUACGUCCUGUACAUGGCCUGCCGCUACGUCCUGUCGCCCACGUACCGGCCCGACAUGUCGCCGUCGGAGAGGACGCAUAAAGUCAUCGCCAUCAUCAACAAGAUGGUGAGCAUGAUGGAAGGCGUCAUCCAGGAGAUUGCUGAAGGGGAUCAGAAACAAAAGAACAUCGCAGGAGCGCUGGCUUUCUGGAUGGCCAACGCCUCCGAGCUGCUGAACUUCAUCAAGCAGGACCGGGACCUGAGCCGUGUCACGCUGGACGCCCAGGACAUCCUGGCCCACCUCGUCCAGAUGGCCUUCAAGUACCUGGUCCACUGCCUGCAGGCGGAUCUGAAUAACUACAUGCCGGCCUUCCUGGACGACCCAGAGGAACAUAAUCCACAGAGACCCAAGAUCGAGGACGUCCUGCAGACGCUGACGGGCGCCAUGUCGCUGCUGCGCCGCUGCCGGGUCAAUGCCGCCCUCACCAUCCAGCUCUUCUCGCAGCUUUUCCACUUCAUCAACAUGUGGCUGUUCAACAAGCUGGUGACGGACGCCGACUCAGGACUGUGCUGCCACUACUGGGGCGCCAUCCUGCGGCAGCAGCUGAGCCACAUCGAGUCCUGGGCUGAGAAGCAGGGCCUGGAGCUGGCUGCCGACUGCCACCUCAGCCGCAUUGUCCAGGCCACCACCCUGCUGACCAUGGACAAAUACUCCACGCAGGACGUCCAGAACAUCCACAACACCUGCUUCAAGCUGAACUCGCUGCAGCUCCAUGCCCUCAUGACCAACUACCGCUGCGCCCAGGACGAGCCCUACAUCCCGCCUGACCUGAUAGACCACGUGGUGGCGGUAGCGGAGAACACGGCGGACGAGCUGGCGAGGAGCGACGGCCGAGAGGUGCAACUGGAAGAGGACCCGGACCUGCAGCUGCCCUUCCUGCUGCCGGAGGACGGCUACUCCUGCGACGUGGUGCGGCACCUCCCCAACGGGCUGCAGGACUUCCUGGAGCCGCUGCUGCAGAGGGGUUUCUGCAGACUAACUCCUCAUCCUCGCUCUCCUGGUACCUGGACCGUCCACUUUGAAGGCGCCGACAACGACAACCACUUCUCUGCUGCAGACAACACUGAAAUGCCAAUGAGGAAAGAGCCGGAGGUUGUCACGGUGACCCUGAAGAAGACCAACGGCAUGGGCCUCAGCAUCGUGGCCGCCAAGGGUGCCGGACAAGAGAAACUCGGCAUUUACAUCAAGUCUGUUGUGAAAGGCGGAGCGGCGGACAAAGACGGCCGUUUGGCAGCAGGUGACCAGCUGCUGAGCGUUGAUGGACGCAGUCUGGUCGGUCUGUCGCAGGAGAGAGCUGCAGAGCUGAUGACGCGGACGGGCUCUGUGGUGACUCUGGAGGUGGCCAAGCAGGGCGCCAUCUACCACGGCCUGGCGACGCUCCUCAACCAGCCCAGCCCCAUGAUGCAGAGAGCAUCGGACCGCGGCCGCGAUAAGAACGGGAAGAUGCGUCCGAAGAGCGAGGGCUUCGAGCUCUACAACAACGCCGUGCAGAACGGCGAUCCGGAGAGUCCACAGCCCGGUUGGGACUCGUACGCAGAACCAAAGAAGAUGGGCGGAGAGGACAGGCUUCUGAAGAACCGGGCCGACCACAGAUCCAGCCCCAACGUAGCCAAUCAGAGCCAGAAUCCUGCGACCAAGUCGGUUUAUCCUGGAGGACCGGGAACCAAGAUCACCUCUGUUUCCACCGGGAACCUGUGUGCAGAAGACGAGCCGUCCCCGCCCCGGCCGGAGGCCUACCCCAUCCCCACCCAAACCUACCCCAGGGAUUACUUCACCAUCCCGGCCUCCAAGAGCCAGGACCGGGUGGUGGGUCCAGGGCAGGGUCCCCCGCAGCACUGGCAGGGCAUGGAGGACAGAGAGCGCCUCCCUGUGGUCGACAACAUCCACCACAACAGCAUGCAGAGGAUUAAUCACUCCCAGGAAGAUCUGUACCCUCCGGUGGGAAUGAUGAGGCCCGAUGAGCGGAUGCAGCCGCUCUACCCGCAGGACUACCAGCACCGGGAUUUGGACUACCAGCACCGAGGUCCGCCAGGAGGUGUGGGAGCCCUGAUGGACCACUGGACGCCUCAGCCGCAGGUUUCCUCUUCGCUGGAGUCCUCGACGUCCAGCCAGGAGCAGCUCAACUUCUCUGCUUCCUCCACGUCUUCAAACAAGGGCCAGAACCAGAAGACCGGGCCGGGCCGGUGGAAGACGCCGAACACGCCUCACAUCGUGCCGCCGCACUCGGUGCAGCCGCCGUCCCGCUCCGACCUCCCGCCGCCUCCGCCGCCGCCUCCUGCCGUCUACCCCGACCCCUACGACCCGCAACCGGAGCUGCCGCUGCCGCCGCCGCCCGCCGCCAUCAGCCCGGUGACGGCCCAGCAAGCCGCCGACCGCAAGAAACGGGAAGAGCAGCAGCGCUGGUAUGAGAAGGAGAAGGCCCGGCUGGAGGAGGAAAGAGAGAGGAAGAGGAGGGAGCAGGAGAGGAAGCUGGGUCAGAUCCGAGCCAACCCGGUCAUGCCCGUCCAGCCCCAUAACAACGGUGGAGCCAUGCCUCCUCCUCACCACCAGCCGCCCAUGGCCUCCGUGGCGCCGCCCCAGCCUUACCACGCCCCGCAGGCGCAGCCGCCACCCUCCAGACCGGAGAAGCUGUCCAGCCUGCCGCGGUCCGCCGUGCCGCCGCCCGCCGCCGCCAACUCUGCCGCCAUGGACACGGUGAUCAGGGAGCUGCUUCCUCAGCAGCAGCCGCGGACCAUCGAGCGGCGCGACCUGCAGUACAUCACCAUCAGCAAGGAGGAGCUGUCCACCAGCGACAGCCUGUCUCCGGACCCCUGGAAGAGAGACGCCCGCGAGAAGGCCGAGAAGCAGCAGCAGCUCCACAUCGUGGAUCUGCUGGACAAAGAAAUCCAGGAGCUCCAGGCGAAACCGGAGCGAACAGCGGAAGAAAGCGACCGGCUCCGGAAGCUGAUGCUGGAGUGGCAGUUCCAGAAGCGGCUGCAGGAGUCCAAACAAAGUGACGACGACGAGGAGGAGGAGGACGACGAGGACAUGGACGCCAUGCUGAUCAUGCAGAGGCUGGAGGCCGAAAAGAGAGCCAGGCAGCAGACUGCUGUCCCAGCUAUCUCUGUUCUAGACUUGUUGCAGGACGAGGAGCGGCGGCGCAAGCAGCAGCUGGAGGAGAUUCGGAAGAGGGAGGCGGAGGAGCGGGUGAAGCAGGAGGAAGAGAGGAGGUGGAGGGAGGAGGAGAGAGUCAAGAGAGAGGCGGAGGAAAAGAGGAGACAGGAGGAGGAGUACUACACCCGUCUGGAGGCCGAGCGGCGGCGGCAGCACGAGGAGGCAGAGAGAAAGCUGCUGACGCCCGAUGAGCCGGCCGGUCUGUAUCGGCCCCCGCUGCCUCGGGAUUACCACCCUCCCGCCCCCCACAACCCUACUAACAACCCCCCGCCCCCACCACAGAGAAACACCUCCUACCUCAAAACACAGGUCAUCUCGCCCGACACGCUCUACACAGCCAAAUUCGUCUCGUACGCGGGCGACGACGAAGACGAGGAGGAAGCCUACUCGGCAGGGAGCGGCGGCCAAUCAGGUCAGGCCAAGCUGUCGGCGACCAGGAAGUCGUACGGCGACCUCCCGGCCUCCGCCGCGCCCACUCAGAGCCGGCCUCAGCCGCCGCCCACUGCGCGCAAGCCCCGCCCUCUUUCUGAUGGCAUCUUCCUGUCUGGCUCGUUCCAGCCGCCAGCCAACAACUCCAACAGUACAGGCCCCCCCCUUCCUGCCAAACCCAGCUCCGCCCCCCCACCAGGAAGCUAUAAAGGGUUUAACUCGCACACUGGAAACUCGACAGGAGUUGUAGGAUCAGGAGAGGUCUACAGCGACCCGCGGGACAAAUGGGCAAAGAGUCAGGAGCAGGAGAACUCGAUCCCCAGCGACGCUCCGGAGAGUUUGACCUUUAAGGAGCGCCAGCGCCUCUUCUCUCAGGGGAAAGAGGUUUCCAACAAGGUCAAAGCUUCCCGGAAACUGAUGGAACUGGAGAACGAGCUCAACACCAAGCAGUAGGCCUCCCAGCACCGCCUUAAAUCCACCUUAAGGAGGUCCUGGGAAACGUCCUGCUGCAGCAAAGCGGCGCUCUAAGAAACACUGACAGCCUCCUUCCGGUUCUGAUUUUUAUUUCGAUAACUGGACCGUUCACCUUUCAUUUUUACGACGUAGCGGUAUCGUUGGAACUCGGCAGACGGUUCUGGUGUCAUAUUCGUCCGAGUCUGUCAGCUAUAUAAUAAUGAAGCACUGUAAAAAAGUUUUAAUUAUAUCUGAUUAGAGAAACACAACAAACUGGGGAUAUAUUUUUGUUUGUAAAAUGGUUCUUGGGGGGAUUUAGAAAGAUUUAUUCUCGUUUAAAUUUUUUUUAAAUAGCUUCCUGAAAUAUGAACAAUUUUAUCAUAUUUUACGCUCUUUUUUUGUUGUUGUCUUCACUUUCAGUUCCUUCUUGCCAGCAGAAAGAAACAUAUUUUAUUAAUUUUAUCAGUUUUUUUUUUUAAAGAUUAAAUUCUCAAUGAGAGGAAACACUGUUUUUUCACUCGGUAGCGACAGAGAGCGGAUUUCUUUGGUUUUUGUGACGUCCUAAGAGGAACUGGAGGAGGUAAAGGGGUCUGUAAGUGCACAACUUUACUGUAAAUAUUCCGGUCCAUAACUGUCUCUUUUUACUACUGUGGAAACCUUCCAGGAAACUAAAGAAAACCGGAACGCUUCCGUGAUUAACUUUGAAUUUUCAAUUCAGAAAACCCAACGAACCUCUUGUUUUCAGUGUCCCCCCUCCCCGCCUUGUUUCCGAAUGUUGAGUUUUAGGUUCUUUUAAAGGUAGUUUUUUGCAGAGUUGUGUGAAAUUAAUUUGAUUUGUUCCCCAAAUUCAAUUCAAAAACACUUCCACUCGAAAUGUGAUUAAUGUUCACAAUAUUAAUAAAGGAAGAAGCUUCUCUUUGAAUGCUUGUUUGCUUUACAAGUAUUUAUUUCAAACCUUGUAGGAAAAAGUAAAACAUACAUGCACAUAUUUUAGUAUUUACUCUGUCUCUGCAGACCUUUUUAUUUCAGAGAAGUGGAUUAUAUUUGGGACCUCAUGACUGUGGUAAUCUUUUUACACAGAGAGCUUCAGAGAAACGUGACGGUUUCACAAGGCAAACGGUUUCUUUCCCAAAGUGUCGACACUCUUCAGCUGAGCUUUAAACUCUGAGUGACUCCAUCCUGUGUGAACGGAUCUCAUGUUUUCAUCGACUGCAGAUGAAACUGAUUCUACGUGACGAUGAGAUAAAAUGCUGUUAGUUACCGACCUGUAGAAUCACUACAAGUAUUUCCUCCUCGACUUUUCCCUCUAGGUUUCAAAAUGAACUGAAUCAUUUAAAUGGUUUCAUGUUUAGCCUUUUGUAAAUCAUUAAUAAAUACAGAUUUUUCAACAA